AUGUCACAUUGCUCAGAGAACCAGUCUUCUAAUCGUUGUCCUAGUUCAUUGGCUAAUGGAACUAAUGAUAGUGAUGAAAACAGCUCAUCCGCCAAUAGUCAACCGGCCACGGACAACGUCUGGUGGUGGCCAAUGGAUCCGCUGGAGUUGAUCGCUCGAUCGACGGAGGAGCGUCUCGACGCCUUGGUGGUCUGGGCACGCCAAUUGCCCGGGUUCACGAAGUUUCUUUCCCUUCAAGAUCAGUUGGCCCUUAUUAAGUCGGGUGGGUUCCUUAUAAUAUUUAUGCUAACGGCCACUACACGUUGUUGCCAUUCCUUCUACCAAUGCCUUUACAAUUAUGUAUGCAACUAA